GCUGAUGCCGUUUGUAUCCGUUCUUGUGGACUUCUUGACUGCAUGUUGUUGGUGGUGGACUGUAAAACGAUAUAUGAAAAUGUGUGAAAGGAAAUAUGGGAUUGAUGCCAAAAUGAGAGAUGUUGGUGUUAAACAAAUCAAGUGUGGCGCAGUCGUAGUUGAUGGUAAAGUGAAUAAUGAAAUACUUACCAGAAAUAGGGAUAGUCUUGUGAGAAGUGGUUGGAAAGGGUUCGGAAAUUUAGAGGUGUUGGUAGAUUUGUACUUUGGGGACAAAGUACAGGGGGGUCUAGCUCAUAUCAUGGUGAAUUUUGGUACCCAUGUAAUCAGUUGGUGUAAUGUGAUCAUAGAUGGCGUGAUCUGA